AACUCAUUGGCUGCUCCGUCUUAAAGCUGCUGUAAACCAGUCAACAUGGCAGUGAAUAUCUCACCAAAAUAUGAAAACAUCAAAUCCAAAGUUCAGAUCUUUCCAGGAUCUCCUUCUGUCCACCGGCUGAAACCAGAAGCAAAGAACAUCGGCUCUAUCAGAAAACUGACUCUCGGUGAAAAAGAUCCGACCAAGAUAAACAAAACCAUCUUGCUCGUGGGGGAAACAGGCGCAGGAAAAUCAACUCUGAUCAACGCUCUGAUUAACUACGCCAUGGGGGUGAAGUUUGAGGACGAUGUCUGUUUUCAGAUCGUACAGGAAGAGAAGAAGAGUCAAACAGAAAGUCAGACUUCAGACGUGAUCAUGUACGAGGUCUUCGGUCUUGAAGAUAAAACUCUGCCCUUCUCUCUGACCAUCAUCGAUACUCCCGGGUUCGGAGAUACCGAAGGGAGUGGAGAUGUCAUCGUCAGUGAAAGAUUACUGGACUUGUUCCGCUCCAGGGAUGGAGUCCAUGAGAUCGAUGCAGUGUGUCUGGUGCUGAAAGCGAGUGACAAUCGACUGAGUGACCGACUGAGGUACGUCUUUGACUCAGUGUUGUCUCUGUUUGGAAAAGACAUAGAGAAUAACAUCGUGGCCCUCAUCACUCACUCAGAUUUUCUGACACCUGAAAAUGUUCUACAAGCUCUGAAAGAUGCAAAUAUUAGGUGUGCAAAAGACGAGAGGGAUCGGCCUGUUCAUUUCAUGUUUAAUAACAACCAGAAAACAGAGAGAAAUAAGAGAAAUGAUCACGCUCUAAAGAAUUCUUGGGAAUCAACAACAGAAGAAAUUGAUCAAUUUUCAGAUUUCCUGAAAAAUACCAAACCUCAGAACCUGAUCACAACCGUUGAAGUGCUGAAUUCACGCAUCAGACUGACAGCCUGCAUCCACAACAUACAGGAGAGGCUUCAGUUCAUUGACGGGAAACAGAGAGAGAUGAAACAGACUCAGGACGCUCUGAAGAAACACGAAGAAGACAUGAAGAAAAACGAGGACUUCAAAAUAGAAGUUGAUGAAGUCUAUAAAUGUAAAGUACCUAUCGAUGAGAGCAGAUGGUGGGCGUUAGGUUUGAACUAUGGGGGAGCUGUCUGCUGUGAAGUCUGUAAGGAGAACUGUCACUAUCCAUGCACCGUGGCCGUGAAUCCAAGUUUUUGUGAGGUCAUGCAAUACAAAUGCACAACAUGCAACAAAACAUGCAGUGUAUCAGGCCACAGGAAUGAGCUCUACUGCACCGUGUGUACUUGGAAAUGUCAUGAAUCCAAACACGUGAAGAAAAAACAAUGCACUAAAUGUGAUGAUGAGUGCAGAGUUCCAAGUCAUCUGAAAACACACUGGAAAUAUGUGAGCAAGACAAGGACAGUUAAGAAGACCAAACGUCAGAUGAAAGAGAUCUAUGAGAAGGGUAGAGAAGACACUGAGAAGUCAGCAAGCCUCUUGGAAACUCUCCAGAAGACCAUGAGAGACCUGCAGAACGAAAAAGAUCAGUUGCUGGAAGAGUCUUUCCAACAUGUCGUCAGACUGGAUGAGAUCGCCCUGAAGGUGGUUUCCCUGGCCACUCUGGUACACCUGGACUUCCUGAUCGGCAUGAUGAACGAGAAGGGAGACACACAGAGGGUCAAGAAACUGGAGGAGAUGAAAAGCAAAAUGGAUGAACAUAAACGAUUCAAGUCUCUGCUGCGCUUCUGGCAUUUUAAAACAGCAGCAUUUGGUAAACCAGCCGGGGAGAACGUCAAACAGGAAGUAUGGGUGAAGAAAACAAGCCCCCACUGUUGAUCCAUCUACAGUGGGAUGUUGGUAUCAUCACUUCAUAGGGAAAUUCAAAUUGUAAGUGGGUAAUGGUUAGGGUCAAAAGAAAUGACCAACAUGAAUAUAACUCUUCCUUAAAGACACACAAAAACAGCCAAGUGGCGUUGAACUGAGAAAUAAUGGACGUGGAUCCAGGUUUGAACGUUCGUGGAACUCCAGACGAACACAGACCCUCAGUUGUGCUCUGGUUUAAAGUGAGUGAGGAACCCCUCCUGCUGUUGAAUGCCAGGUACAACAGCACCCUCCCUCCAAUAUACGGACUUUAUAAUUGCACUGAUCUUGACUACCAUGAGUAGUGUUGUGACCAAUGGAGACAGAGAGGACAAGAGGAACAUUCUCAUCUCUACUGUGGACAAUUCUUUUCAAAUAAGCCCUAAGCCCACAGAGAUUACAAAUAUUGCCCUUUUUCUUGUUGAUCCUGAAAAUGUCAGAAAUGGACUCUUCAAUAACCCCCAAAACGCUCCAAAAUUGUUCAAAUCAGCCAUUGUGGCAUUAAUGCUAUUGAAUGCCUCUUAUGCUAACUGUGCAAAUUGUCCAACAUGUGUGAGUUAUGAUUCCACAGUUUCUAUGUCUGGAGACCCCUACUAUACAUUUCUAACAUAGAACUCUGGGGUACUACAACAGGACUCUAUGAGCUGGCAAUGUAUGUGAAGGGAAGUAUAUUGUGUUGCGUUUUUGGAGGAGCCUUCCGAUGUACAUGACCUAAACUGAGCUGUCGUUGUCCAUAAACCCUUCAAUGUUUGGAUUGACAGUCCUGCAGGAAGACUGAGCAGCUGCUGUCCUCAGAGGCUUUUUACAGAUGCAACCUUUAACCGUCAUGUUGCUGUAAGAGACGUAAUCAUUUCUGCGUAUAUUCUGAUGUUAUAUGAGAACCUGCAGCUUAGAUUCUUCCAAAUCACACUCAUCAUAUAAAAGAGACGAGGCUUUCUGCUGGAAAGUAGUGAAAGCAAAGCCUCCAGUUGGAGUUUAUUUUAGGCAGUUUGCAUCUUUAACUUUUUAGAUGUUCAUCAUUGAUUGCUUUAUUUUGAGACUUCAUGAUUAGGUUCAUUUUUUGCUUCAUAAUUGAAUCGUUUUUGCAUUCAAUGCCGAUGCUUUGUAACCGUAGAUGAUGAUUUUUUAAAUCACAACCUAAAAUAGUGUAUAUCAGAAAGGUGUCAGUGACAGAUUUGUCAGAAAAGCCUCCUGUUUUUUUAGAUUUGUACUCAGGUGGUUUGCAUUCAUAGCUUUUUAGAUGUUCAUCAUUGAUUGCUUUAUUUUGAGACUUGAGUAUCAGCAGUUUAGUUCAGAUUUGUUCUGCUUCAUCCUUUAAUCAUCACCGUAUAUCAAUCAAAUAAAUAACAGCAAGUAGA